AUGAACGUUGAUAUGUACAAGGCCACGUGGCAUGUCGAUGCUGCGUGGAUCGUAUGCGAUGGUGCUGCUGGUGGCAAUCGCCUCCUCGUGCGCAUAAUCAUAAUCGUGGUGAAAUCGGUCCUCACCCGCGCACCCCGCGUCUCCCUGCGCGACCGGGCGGUGCUCAUCACGGGCUGCGACAGCGGCUUCGGCUUCGAGCUGGCGAGGCGUCUGGACGGCAUGGGAGUCCGGGUGCUGGCCGGCUGCCUGCAGCCACACGGAGAAGGGGCCCGCGAGCUCGCGAGCAAGAGCAGCGACCGCCUGCGCGUCCUGCCCUUCGAUGUCACGAGCGACGAGCAGGUGCAGGAGGCACAUGCAGCCGUCACCCGCAUGGGUCGGCAGGCAGACCUGUGGGCCGUAGUGAACAACGCAGGCAUUGCACAGAUGGGCGAAGUGGAGAUGUCCAACUUGAACUCGUACCAGCGAGUGGCCGACGUGAACCUGUGGGGCACCAUCCGCACCACACUGGCCUUCUUGCCACUCAUAAAGGCCAGCAAAGGGCGAAUUGUAAACAUAUCGAGCAUAUCAGCCAGACUUCCCUCCGCAUUCAUAAGCAGCUACUGCAUCACCAAGAGCGGUGUGGAGAUGUUCUCAAGCUGCCUGCGACUUGAAAUGCAAAAGUGGGACGUUAAGGUGAUAUUUAUAGAGCCUGGGAGCUUCCUUGGCCAAACGAAGAUAUUGCAGAACAUGGACUCCAAGAGCAUUCACAACAACCUCACAGAGUGCCAGAAGGCACAGUUCACCCUCGAAUAUAUCGACACCUACUGGGCUGCGGCACGUGAUAUAGGUGCCUUCAAAAACAGGGACACCGGCCUGGUGAUAGACGCAAUCGUUGAGGCGCUUACGACGAAUAACCCAAGUGCCUGCUACCUUGUGUGCUCAUUCGUGGAGAGGGCCAUCUUGUUUCUGGUUGGCAUUCUGCCCACCGCAUGGACAGAUUACAUGAAUACGAGCAGCUCCUAUGAGAAGAAGCGGAGGAGUAUCCUGGCACACCAUGCUGCACGCAGCAGCAGCAGCAUGUGA